CUCGCCUUCCUCCAGAAAGGCAGGAAAGCAAGAAACGCAGAGCAGAGACUCUGAGCUCCCUCUGCAAAGAGCUUCAAUGCCCGCAAGAAGCACGCAUGGAUUCUGACUGCAUGCGCUCUCGCGCAGCCGCCAUGCCUACUCCUUCCUCCGCCUUCGUCGCCGCCGCCGCCGCCGUCGUCUUCUUCUUCUCCCUCACGCCGUCUCUCUCCGACGAGAAAAUCUCCGAGGCCGGCCUCUCCUGCGGCAACUCCUCCUCCUCCGCCGCAGCCGCCGCACCCAGCCUCGUACCGUCCUUCGUCAGGGACAUGGAGUCCCUCUCCCAGCUCAUGACCACCCGCCACUUCGCCACCCGCGUCACCAACUCCUCCCCCGGCGCCGCCAUCUACGGCCUCUCCCAGUGCCGCCGCGACCUCUCCCAGACCGACUGCCUCCUCUGCUUCGCCGCCAGCCGCACCAAGCUCCCCCGCUGCCUCCCCUCCCCCGCCGCCCGCAUCUACUUCGACGGCUGCUUCCUCCGCUACGACCGCUACGACUUCUUCGCCGAGGCCGUCGACCCCGUCUACGACUCCACCAACUGCAGCUCCGACCGCGGCGCCGUCGGCGAGCCCGCGGGGGAGGGGUUCGCGGCGGCCGUGGGGUCCGCCGUAGGCAACGCGACUCGGGCCGCCGCGAGCGGGGGCGGCGGGGGGUUCGGGGUGGCCGAGGCGGGAGGGGUGUACGCGCUGGCGCAGUGCUGGGAGAGCAUCAGCACCGAGGGCUGCCGUGUUUGCUUGGAGAAGGCGGAAAUGGGGGUCCGGAAGUGCGUGCCGAGCGGAGACGGGAGGGGAUUGAACGCGGGGUGUUAUCUGAGGUAUUCGACCGUGAAGUUUUACAGUGACGGAGGAGCGAGCGAAGCUGAUCAUGGGUCGUCUUCGACCGGGAUCACGGUAGCGGUUGUCUUGGUGGCGGCAGCUUGCAUAAUGCUCUCUGUCUUCGCUGCUUAUGCAUGCUAUGCUAGGGUGUUGAAACUAAAAGGAGAUAAUAUCCAUCUCCGUAAGAUUUCGAUUGGAUCGAGUCUGAAUUUCAAGUACGAGACGCUCGAGAAGGCGACGAAUUACUUCGACCAUUUGAAGAAACUCGGGCAAGGAGGUGCUGGUUCUGUGUACAAGGGGACUCUCCCUGGUGGCAAAGUCGUGGCCGUCAAGAGACUGAUUUUUAAUACCAGGCAAUGGGUUGAUGAGUUCUUCAACGAGGUGAAUCUGAUCAGCGGCAUUGAACACAAGAACCUUGUGAAGCUCCUGGGCUGUAGCAUCGAAGGUCCCGAGAGCCUCCUUGUCUAUGAGUACGUUCCAAACAAGAGCAUCGAUGACUACAUAUCCGACAGGAACAAAAUACAGAUUCUCAACUGGAAGCAGAGGAUGAAUAUCAUCGCCGGCACUGCCGAAGGGAUUGCUUAUCUACAUGGAGGGUGUAAAGAAAGGAUCAUCCACAGGGAUAUCAAAGGCAGCAACAUACUUUUGGAUGAGAACCUCACCCCGAAGAUCGCCGACUUUGGCCUCGCUCGGUGUUUCGGACCCGACAAGACUCAUCUUAGCACUGGAAUAGCAGGGACACUUGGAUACAUGGCUCCCGAAUAUCUUGUCAGGGGACAACUUACAGAGAAAGCCGAUGUCUAUAGUUUCGGAGUGCUAGUUCUUGAAAUCAUUUGUGGCAGGAGAAGCAGUUCAUUCAGGGAGGAGCCUGUUUCUCUAUUACAGAUGGUGUGGAAUUUUUACAAGUCGGACAACUUGGUCGGAGCUGUUGACUCCUGCUUGAAUGGCGAUUUUCCUGCACAAGAGGCCUGGAAUGUCCUUCAGAUAGGACUUCUUUGUACACAGGCUUCAGCUGCUGCUAGACCCUCUAUGGUCGAGGUGGUGCAGAUGCUGACUUGUGAGAAUGUUGCGAUCCCCGAGCCGACUCAACCCCCAUUUUUAAAUGCCAAUGCAUCAGGACCGGCCAGCUCUAAUAGGUCCUCCAGUAUGAGCAGUUUCGUGUCGAGAGCAGCGAGAAAAAUUAAUGCUUCAUACACGUCUUCAGAGUCCUCGAGUAUGCGAAGCGCCAACAAGCGGUCGAGCAGCCAUGAAGUUUUGGAGAAGUGAACUCUUCGUUAAUUACGCAACAUUUCCAGAGCCAAUACUCGUUCACUCGAGAACACGGGCAUCUGUUGAACCAGUGAACUUCGCAGGCGGUGCCGUCGCCAGCUGCUUUACGUGAUAAAUGAGGUAAAGCACCGGGGCUGAUCGACGGAAGAGGCAUCAAGCAGUGAGCUACUAUGCUGUGAUCUGAUGCAACCCUCUCCCGGAAGGCACAACGGCAUUCUUUAAACAUCUCGUCAGUGUAAUUUACUUCCACGACCAAAUGAACGAAAUUUUUCACAUCCAGCAGAUGUUCUUAAGAUUCACCUGUUGAACUGAACAUGCGGAUGAAACCACGAAACAGGCGGGUGACAUUUUCCUCAACCGCCCACGUCCAAUUCCUCUUGUCAAUUUUCCUCGAUAAGGUGUACAUUUACAGGUGUCCAAUGGGAACUUUCAUGAA